UAAUGUCAAAUCUCUCACCGAAACGAGGAAGUUUGUUGAGGACCAUGUCAUCCAAAUUCAACUUCAGCUUCAGAAGAAGAGAGAAGAAAGAAUUUCGGAAUAUAGCUCCUGGUUUGAUCCCUGCUGCCACCAUCGCCCCCAGACCCGCUGUUCCCCGCACUCCUCCCCCACGGAGCCCCAACCCUUCUCCAGAGAGACCCAGGUCUGCCUUGGCGGCUGCCAUAUUAUCUUCUUCCCUGACGGGCCGAACUUUUGCCAUUCCUCCUCCACGCCAAAGGUCUUACUCUGAGAGUGAUUGUUCACAUGCAGACAGCCAAACUGGCAUUGAUCCCUAUGCUGCCACAGGACGUUAUACCAGAGACACCUGGGCAGAUUCAGUGACAGGAAGACCCCCUGUGCCUUCCCCAGGACAUUCUGAUGAUGACGAAGGUGAUGACAGUGAUGAGGUGGAGGGAGAUGAAGAACAUGUAUAUCAGUCUCUGGAGAGACAGAGCAGAGCUGAUGACAUAAAUGUUGUUUACGCCGUGCCAUUAAAACACAAGAAGGGUGAGACUGAUUCAGAUGUUGAUGAAGAAACCGAAGACUCAGCAUUUGAUAUUGUGUCCCCUCUACAGACUGAAGAGGAAAUUGUGGUUCAGGAAGGAGCAGCUAAAACGCUGCCAUCAUCGCUACAACAAUCAAGAUCAGGCUCUCGUGGGAGCAUGGCAUCUCCAGAGCUAAAUGAUGACUGGAGUGCUCAGUCUCACAGAUCAGUGAAUACUUCAAAAAGGAAAACCUCCCGGAUGAAGGAGAGUCCAGUGAGAGGGAAAGAGAGAGACAUCAGUCCAGAGGCCAGUGAAGUGUUGCGCAGUACGCUAGAGGUGCAGCAAGCACUUGUAAAGGAGCUGAGGGAGCAGACUCAAAUUCUGGCAAAGGAGAAAGAGACUCUGGAGAAGAGAUGUUUACAGCAGAGUCAGCACAUAGAGCAUCUCCGACAGGAGCUCUGCCACUCUCACACAGAGAGAGGAAACUCCACAGGUGAGAGCUCUGAGUUACAGAAUCUGAGGGAGCAGGCUCAGCAGCUGGUGGAUGAGAACGAUGGGCUGAAGAUGACAGUUCACCGUCUCAGUGUGGAGCUCAGCAGAUACCAGGCCAGAUUCCGACCACUCACCAAGGACGAGAAUGCUCAGAUGAAAGGCCUGCCAGUGAAAGGACCUGCGCCUCCUUGGCUGCUGGAUAUGAAAUAUUUAUCACCCCUGCUGCUGGCCUAUGAGGACCAUCUGAAUGCCAAAGACAAACUCCUCAAGUCUUGUGAGGAAGAGCUACAGAGUCUGAGAGCACGUACAGAGGAGGUUAUUCAGGAAAAUGAGAAACUUCAUGCUCAAGUCAACAAAAGCAGCACUGUUAGCAACAAAGAAUGGAGGCACCUGCAGGAGCAGGCUCGUCUGGUGCUGGAGGAGAAUCAAGUAUUGAUAGAGCAGUUGGAAUUACAGCAUACCAAAUCUAAGGAAGCCCACAGCAAACAUACACAGGAGGUGUGUAAAGUGUCCAAACAGCUGAUGUUGUUGGAGUCAGAGAAACAGGCUCUGGAGAAAGAGCUAGAGGUGGAGCGUAAAGAGCACCAUGCCCUGAAGAAAGAGUUUCAGAGAGUGCGCUUGGCUCUAGAACACUCUCUGAGCUUGACUGAACACAACGCUGUGACAGACAAACUCAAAAGACAGCUGCAGGAUCAUGAGAGGGUGAAGAACAGUGAGGUUGAAGAGCUGUUGGCUCGUGUGAGUGCGCUGGAGGCAGAGAGAAAGACUCUGCUGCUGGACAAAACCAACCUUAACACAGACAUCAAGCAGAUGGAAACAGAGCUCCAGCUUUCACAGCAAGCUAACAGGAAAACCCAGAAGCGUAUAAGUGUCCUGAAGCAACAGCUUGAAGACUCAUUAGAGAAAGAGCUCAUCGCUCAUCAGUACCUUGCCAACAUUGUCACACUUGCAGAAAGAACCACCCAUGAAAGAGACCAGCUCAUGCACAUGGCUUCAACUCUAGAGAAAGACAAACAGGGCAUCCUCACACGCAUCAUAGAAAGCACUGUCAGCCUGGGAAAACUUCAAGAAAAAGUAAAGGUGUACAAGCAGCAGGCGUCAGCGAGUGUAUGCGCUCUGGGUCGGCGUCUGCACGAGCAGGAGGAGGACUUUGCGGGGAAAGCGACGAAUUAUCAACGAGAGAUCCGGCACCUGCAGAGCCAACUCAGAGACAGACAGGAACAACUGCACGGAGCUCUGCAGCAGAAGAGAGAGGUGGAAGGUGAAUUGGAGGUGGUUUGGGAGGCAGCGAAGAGAGAGGUGGUGUUAGCCACCGUGGCUCCAGCCCUACGCAGCACUCCCGGCCAGACUCCUGCCAGGAUCCCUGGUGUAGAGGAUCAUUUGUCCUGCUCGCUGCCCCCUCCCUUCACCUCCAGACAGUGCUGUCUGCCACAGCCUUUACAGCGCAGUCACAUGUUUGACUCGGACUCCGACCAGCGCCAGAAUCCGUCUUCUGAUGAAAGUGACAGGAGUGGACGGGACCCCUGACAUAUUUCCAUUUCCUCCUUUAACAAGUGUUUUGAGUUCAUGAAUUAAUUUACAUUUAUCAGAAUGCUUUGUGUUUUAUGUAAAGAAAAAGCUGUUCUUUCUCUGAACUAUGACAAAUGUGCUUUGAUGAUUUUUCCGCAUAUAUGUAUACAACGGUUUCUAACCAUAUGACAUUCUCGAUUGCUAAUAAUGAUUGUCCUGCAGAUGGAGAAUGGUACUGCAUUUCAGAAAGCAUUUGUGACAGAGCUCUUCCAGCAGUAGAUACAUACAAUAACAUGAACUAUUAGACAAGCCACAUGAUGAAUGAAAUCUCUCUCUCUCAUUCUCUCUGGGAUGAAGGUCUUGAAUAAAAGAUUGCACUAUGGA